CGAGCCGCGGGGGCCGUGGCGGGAUCCGCGCGCGGCUGCUGGCGCCAUGGGGAAGCUGCGCCGGCGCUACAACGUCAAGGGGCGCCUGCAGGCGGAGCCCCGGCCGGCGCGGGGCGCGCCCGAGCCGCCGCCCGUGCGGCUGGAGCUGGGAGACAAAGACACCUUGAAAGGAGUGGAUGCAAGCAAUGCACUUGUCCUGCCUGGGAGAAAGAAAAAAAAGACCAAGGCACCACCCCUGUCCAAGAAGGAGAAGAAGCCUCUGACCAAGAAGGAGAAGAAGGCACUGCAGAGGGUCUUAGAGCAAAAGGAGAAGAAGAGCCAGCGAGCAGAGAUGCUGCAGAAACUGAGUGAAGUCCAGGUGUCAGAGGCGGAGAUGAGGCUCUUCUACACCACAUCCAAGCUGGGCACAGGGGACCGCAUGUACCACACCAAACCGAAGCCCGCCGAGCUGGCCGCCCAGGGUCAGGGCAUCAGCAGCCUGAGUGGGGCUGGCCGCAAGCGCCACCACCAGCCGUCCUCCAAUGAGGAGUCAGAGUCCUCGGGGGAUUCUGAGCCCGAGGUCCCUGACCCCCUCCAGCCAGAGACCAGUACAGGCACGGGCACGGCUCAGCUGCCGCCGGCUCUGCCUGGGGCUGGGGAUGGGAACACAGUGGCCACCAGUCAGCCCCCCACAGCCAGGCCCCCAGCGCCUGCCGCCACCCGGCCGAGGCCCCUCGCCAAGCCCGCGGUGUUUGUGCCCGUGAACCGCACCCCCGAAAUGCAGGAGGAGCGGCUCAAGCUGCCCAUCCUCUCAGAGGAGCAAACCAUCAUGGAGGCCGUGGCCGAGCACCCAGUAGUCAUCGUGUGCGGGGAGACGGGCAGUGGGAAGACCACGCAGGUGCCGCAGUUCCUCUACGAAGCGGGCUACAGCAGCAACCACAGCAUCAUCGGAGUCACAGAGCCCCGCCGUGUGGCCGCCAUGGCCAUGUCCCAGCGAGUGGCCAAGGAGAUGAAUCUGUCAGAGCGGGUCGUCUCCUACCAGAUCCGGUAUGAAGGGAAUGUGACUGAAGACACCAGGGUCAAGUUCAUGACGGAUGGCGUGUUGCUCAAGGAGAUCCAGAAGGACUUCCUGCUGAAGCAGUACCGGGUGCUGAUCGUCGACGAGGCGCACGAGCGCAGUGUCUACACCGACAUCCUCAUCGGGCUCCUGUCCCGCAUCGUGACGCUGCGCGCCAAGAGGCGCCUGCCGCUGAAGCUGCUCAUCAUGUCAGCCACGCUGCGGGUGGAGGACUUCACCCAGAACUCACGGCUGUUCUCCCAGCCGCCGCCUGUCAUCAAGGUGGAGGCCAGGCAGUUCCCGGUGACCGUGCACUUCAACAAGCGGACACCGCUGGAGGACUAUGCGGGCGAGUGUUUCCGGAAGACCUGCAAGAUCCACCGCAUGCUGCCAGCAGGCGGCAUCCUGGUGUUUCUGACCGGGCAGGCCGAGGUGCACGCACUGUGCCGGAGGCUCCGAAAGGCCUUCCCAGCCCGCAGGUGCAGGCCACAAGAGGAGGAGGAGAAGGACUCCGCAGAAGAAGUUCGGAGGUUUAAGAAGUCUCGAGCACGGGCCAAGAAGGCGCGGGCAGCGGCACUGCCCCAGAUCAGCCUAGACAGUUACUCGGUGCUGCCCGCGGGUGAGGGCGAUGAGGACCGCGAGGCGGAGAUGGACGACGAGGAGGCAGCCCUGGGCUCGGACCUGGACCUGGACUUGGGGGACGAAGAUGGUGCUGAGGGAGGUGAGCAGCCAGACGCCUCCCUGCCCCUCCACGUGCUCCCGCUGUACUCUCUGCUGGCCCCCGAGAAGCAGGCGCAGGUCUUCAGGCCUCCCCCAGAGGGGGCUCGGCUGUGCGUCGUGGCCACCAACGUGGCCGAGACGUCCCUCACCAUCCCAGGCAUCAAGUACGUGGUAGACUGUGGCAAGGUCAAGAAGCGCUACUAUGAUCGUGUCACCGGCGUGUCAUCCUUCCGCGUCACCUGGGUCUCGCAGGCAUCAGCUGACCAGCGGGCGGGCCGGGCAGGCCGCACCGAGCCCGGCCACUGCUACAGGCUGUAUUCCUCUGCGGUCUUCGCGGACUUUGAGCAGUUUCCUCCCCCAGAAAUCACACGCAGGCCGGUGGAGGACUUGAUCCUACAGAUGAAAGCUCUCAACAUUGAGAAGGUUGUCAACUUCCCUUUCCCCACGCCUCCCUCUGUGGAGGCCCUCAUUGCCGCUGAGGAGCUGCUCAUCGCUCUGGGAGCCCUGCAGGCGCCCCCGAAAGGAGCAAGGAUGAAGCAGCUGCAGAGCUCGCGGCUGAGCUGCCCCAUCACCGCGCUGGGCCGGACCAUGGCCGCCUUCCCCGUGGCACCUCGGUAUGCCAAGAUGCUGGCGCUGAGCCGGCAGCACGGCUGCCUGCCUUAUGCCAUUGCCCUUGUGUCGGCCAUGACCGUGCGGGAGCUGUUUGAGGAGCUGGACAGACCUGCCGCCAGCGACGACGAGCUUGUGGCACUGAAGAGCCGGCGGGCCCGGGUGGCCCAGAUCAAGAGAGCCUGGGCUGGCCAGGGGGCCUCUCUGAAGCUUGGGGACUUCAUGGUGUUGCUAGGUGCGGUGGGUGCCUGUGAGUACGCUGGCUGCUCUCCUGAGUUCUGCCAGACCAACGGGCUGCGGUACAAGGCCAUGCUGGAGACUCGGCGCCUGCGCGGUCAGCUGACCACCGUGGUCAAUGCCGUGUGCCCCGAGGUGGGGCUCUUUGUGGAUCCCAAGAUGGAGCCGCCCACUGAGAGCCAGGUGACCUAUCUGCGGCAGAUCCUGGCAGCCGGCCUGGGCGACCACCUGGCCCGCAGGGUGCAGAGUGAGGAGCUGCUGGACGAGAAGUGGAGGAACGCUUACAAGACCCCUCUCCUAGAUGACCCGGUCUUCAUCCACCCCAGCUCCGUCCUUUUCCGAGAACUCCCAGAAUUUGUGGUCUACCAGGAAAUUGUGGAGACCACGAAGAUGUACAUGAAAGGCAUCUCCACUGUGGAGAUCCAGUGGAUCCCAGCCCUGCUGCCUGCCUACUGCCAGUUCUCCACACCCCUGGAGGACCCGCCCCCCACCUACUGUCCUGAGACAGGCCGGGUGCAGUGCCACCGCACCAGUGUGUUCUAUCGAGUCGGCUGGGCACUGCCUGCUAUCCAGGUGGAUUUUCCAGAAGGCCUGGACUGCUACAAGCACUUUGCCCGGUUCCUGCUGGAGGGCCAGGUGUUCCCCAAGCUGGCCUCCUACAAGGGCUCUCUGUUGUCCAGCCCCAACACAAUGCUGAAGACCUGGGCCAGGCUGCAGCCCAGGACCGAGAGUUUGCUACGAGCCCUCGUAGCUGAACACACUGACUGCCGGGGUGCCCUGCUGGCUGCUUGGAAGAGAAACCCCAAGUACCUGCUAGCCGAGUACUGCGAGUGGCUCCCGCAGGCCAUGCAUGGCAGCGUGGAGAAGGACUGGCCGCCCACCCAACUCUGACCGCUGACCUGCCGCCCAGGCUCACAUCUCUGCUCGGCACUGGACACCGCCACGACCAGCCGUCCACACCCCCGCCUAUGCACACAGAUGGGCGAUGAGAUGCCAGCCACGGGUUCACACUGGAGUGGAACCCAUCUUACCUGGACCUCAUGCGGGUCACCUCAGGGGGGGUGCUGGCAGACUUCGCCAGCGGUGUGGCUGCCCUGGGCAGCAGGCACACCUCCAGCCCUGCCCACCCUCGGCGCUCCAUCCUGGAAUGCCCAUGCACCAGGGACUGGGCACUUGUCCCAGAGGGCAGCAGGGGCAGCCCUGGCUGGCCAGGACUGCAGACUUCUGUCACCUGUCUGGGAUCCUGCUCCCUCCCUCCUGCCUCUUGGGCUGAGGUAGAAGGGGCAAGGCAGGAACAGCUCCGACUGCAAAUCUGGACACAUUCCUGACUCGUGACAGUCAACCUAAGAAGAAAGAUUUAUUUUGCUUUUUAGCCGUUUCUGUUUGGGCCAACCAGCCAGAGUCCUCAGUGAGUCCAUCCCCUGUAACCAGCAAAAUGCCAGACAGAGGUGUGGUCAUGUGGUAGAGCAUCAGCCACAUGCAAAAAAGAUGUGCGAAAGUGGAGACCUGGCCGCUGGGCUGGCACAAAUAAACCGUGGCACUGGUCCCCA